CCACUUCAAAAAUUUCCAAAGUGGCCCUAGCAAAAAAUUAUUUGGCCGCCCUUGAGCUAACCUUUCCUAAUAUCAGUUCUGUAUUUGAAAUCAGAGAUGUAGGCUAUUUGAAAUAAACUAUUCUAUUCAGUUUCUUAUACCGUGCUCAUCACUGUAGUAAUGCAGGGCCAUUUUGGUUCAGAUUAUGCUCAAAACCGGAUCUGAAUAUCUGGGUUUGAAAAUGGCAUGACAAUAAAGCUCUGCUUUCAGGGGCCAAAUACUUCCUCUAAAAGUUCUGUUUUAGAGAUUAGAUUUGCUAGCAAGUCUUAAAAAUAAUAAAGCUCACACCUAGAUAGUAAAUAAGAAAGCAGAAUAGAAGCUUGCAUUAUCUCCUUCAACCAGAAGAAUUAAAAGGAAUAUUCCGACCAGCAGUGAUCAUUUAUAUCUAGAAGCAAAAACUAAUAAUGCCCCGCAUUGAAAUAGAAACACUUCUCCUGGUUUAAAAAAAAAUAAAAUUCAUAUUAAAACAUAGGCACUGUUUAUGGUGGCAUCUAACAAAUCAGGUCAGCCCAGGAGAGCAGAGGUUUUCUCUUUUGUUUCUUUUACAACUGUUAUUUUUGGGGGCUGCCUCAAAGAGAUGCCGUGCAUUUCACCAGCCCAGUGGUCACACACGGAAGGGUCUGACACCCCGUGGAAACAGCCCUGGGAAUACAAACCGGAGCUGCGGAACAGCCGGGGCUCCCUUCCAAGCAGCGAGCUAUAGCCCGCUGCAACACGAGUGGGCAUGGGGAACCAGGUGGAGAAACUGACCCACUUAAGCUACAAGGAAGUUCCCACGGCUGACCCCACGGGUAUGGACAGAGACGAGGGCCCCCGGAUCGGGGUGUCCUACAUCUUUUCCAAUGAUGACGACGAGAUGGAGCAGCAGCAGGACUCGGUGGCCCAAAAUACGGGAGGCGAGUACCCCACACCACAGCCCUAUGAUUCCCGCUUGCACGAGGUGGAGUGUUCGGUUUAUUACCGGGAUGAGUGUAUCUACCAGAAAAGCUUUACUGGGGAUGAUACCCCAACAGAUGAGAGGGAUGGAGGAGGUGGGGGACACCUGACCACUUACACACCAGAGAACUUGCUGAACAGAUGCAAACCAGGUGACCUGGUGGAGUUUGUGUGCCAGGCCCAGUAUCCACACUGGGCAGUGUAUGUUGGGGAUUUUCAGGUAGUGCAUCUUCAUCGGCUGGAGGUGGUGAACAGCUUCCUGACUGAUGCCAGCCAGGGCAGGAGAGGUCGCAUUGCCAGUUAUUUGUACCGUUACAAGCCCCUGAGCCCAGCCACGGUGGUGCGGAAUGCCCUGGAGCAGGUGGGCUGCAAGGAUCGGGAGCUGAGCUGGAGGAACUCUGAGUGCUUUGCUGCCUGGUGCCGCUAUGGCAAACGGGAGUUUAAAAUUGGUGGGGAGCUGCGCAUAGGCAAGCAGCCCUACCGGUUGCAGAUCCGGCUGGGGGACAAACGCAGCCACACGCUGGAGUUCCAGAGCCUGGAGGAUCUGAUCAUGGAGAAGAGGCGGAAUGACCAGAUUGGUAGGGCUGCUGUGAUCCAGGAGCUUUCCAGCCAUCUGCAAGCUGCAGAGGAGGAGGAAGAAGAGGAGGAUCCAGGGGCCCAGACAGCUGCUGAGUAGCAGAAUCAGUACCAUCAUGCUGCUUAGGCUGGGUGAUGGGGAUUAAAACUGAAGGCUGCGAAAUUGAGCUGUUAUAAGCCCUUUGGGCUGCUUCAGUGCAGCUUCAUUCCAAUCACAUGUGAAAGGAAGGGGGAAAGCUGAUUAAGUGUCUGGGCUUUAGCACUUAACUCCUUCAGUGCUUGGUAAAUUGCUGACUUAUUUGAGGAGGGUAAAACUCAGGGAGUUACCACCACCCCAUGUAUUACCCUCCUCCCCGAACCAUCAGUCCUUUGGCUGUGAGUAGGUGUAAUCUGACAUGGUGCUGAGAGCUUUCAGUUUCUACUGACUUCAGUGGGAGAUGCCCUUGUAGGAUAGAGCCCUAUAUCUCAAGGGCAUGAUUGACUGUCAUUGCUGGGAAGUUCAUUUUCCCCCACCCCCUUCACUUGCCUCCUCUCCAGCUAGUUAUCUUGUGGUUCCUGUUUGUAUUUCAGCAAACUGUUUACCUUGGUCUGCUGGUGCCAGAUCUUUGUGGCUUCCCACCCAACCCCCAAUCCUCAAAGGAUUUAAGGGAUAAAUCACAGUUAACUUUGUGAAAUAGGGUUUGACAUGCACAAUGUUCUUAAUUAAAAUAACUUGCAGGUGGGCAUGGGGAAUGCCUGCCUGUGUGGCUUCCUUUUAUGUACAAUGACCCUUUUUUAGAGCUAAAUUGGCAUAGUGGGGGUGGGAAUUGACCCAAAGGGAGGAUUUCCAUAAUCAGGAUUGCUGUGUCUAUGCAUGGUGAUGCUCUGAAACAUUUUGAGAUUCUCCCUAUCACCAGGUCUUAAUGCACAGCAUUGGUUAGGGGCUUGACCCUGUUACCACUGACUUCAGUGGUAAAGUUCCCAUAGACUUUUGUGGUGCAGGAUUGGGCCCUACAAGCAGCUUCUUCAUGUGUUUCAAUGAGUUUGGGUGAGCUAGGGAUAAGUUAACCUUGACGGGGUGGCCUUGCAUUUUGGUUAAGUCCCACCAGAGAUGAGAGCCUUUAGCCUUAUCAGCAAGGCAUCAGUCUUGUUUAAAGGCUAUAGUACAAAUAGCACUUUGAUUUGUUUGCUUAAACACUUAAUAAUGGGGAAUAAAUCAUGUCUUGAAUCUGAUUGCCUGGAAUAUGUGGGCUAGUGACUAACUGGUAAAAUUCCUAGUGGGAGGAGUCAGGAGACAUUUUCCAGUAUCUUUGCACCAUGGCAGACAGUGCUGUAAUAGGAAGUGAUUGUAGGUAGGAGAAAGACCAGUAUAGUGAAGAAGGAAAUAUAUUCCUUGACUGCAAAGUUACUGAAAGCUGGGGAAAUUCUCUGUGUUCACCCACUACAAAUAAAUCCCUAAUGAAGAGUAAGUUCACGGUUCUGUUUUGUUGUUGUUUCCCUGGCACACUGCUGAGCAAUGUCACUAGGGGAAAGAAAGAUGGAAUAGUCAUUCUCCUUGUGGGAGCCAUCUCUUUAAGGUUGCUUGAGUAGUCCUGUCAAUUAAUGCAUUUGGAAGAGGGCAAGGUACUACAGGUCUAAUAUGAUGUACCAAAACAGCACUGCUAUACAGAAUGACUCUUUUCAGAACUGGACCUUUUUUCUAUAAUCUCAAUGCGCUGUAAUUCAUACUUGAUGGAUUCCAAAUCUGUUCAGCAUGUGAUUUUCUGUGGACUGUUCAUAUAAACUUUCCUCCCCUUAAAACAAAAUAGCUACAAAGCUAACCUGACUGACUGAGAGUUCAUUUAAAUAGCGGAAAUCAAUAUUUUAACGUAAACAUGCAGCAUAAUUAGUCAAUGUAUUAAAAUGACUCUCUUUUCCCUAGAGGAGUUUACUUCACUGCUUGCAGCGUAAUUCUACUCUGUAAUCUCUGUUCUUUAAUAUUAGGGCAAAAAGCCAGUCAAUCAUAAAUAAGCAGAUACCAACCUUGGAGUAAUUAACACUAUAUGAAGCAGCUUUCAUGUGUAUGAAAGAAAAAUAGGUUCCAAAUAGACUUCCAUUGUUGUGACUCUUGAGUGGACAAUGCACAGUAGGGUUUCUUUUGUUUUUGUUUUCCCCUCAUUAGAAACAAAUUGCUCUGAAGAGUUCUGGGGGGAUCAAUUUACAGGGUUACCCACUUAAAAUGCAUUGUACCUAUUCCCUUAUACUUUCUAUGGUUUAAUUUUAGGAUGUGAAUUUUUGGCUCCUACGGAGAAUUUGUUAAACAUAAAGCUCCUUUAGAAUGUUGUAGCUCAGGCUUUUGUACUUAUGAAAUCAUUCCUCAAUAUGCAGUUGAGACAUACUCCAGUUACUGUGACCAUUAAACAUGCAAUGUUGCUCAAAGAGCAUGAAAACUAUCCAUGGCUGAACUGAUCCGUAAUAAGGUUAAUGUGUGGCUACUUCUCUGUUCAGCUACCAUUAACUAUUUAAGGUUGUAACUGUUGUAUUACUAAACAAAAUGGAGAACUUCUCUGUAUAUUGGCUAUCCUGAAUAGGAUACAAGAGGCUUAAGGUCACCAGACCAUGAAUUAAUGUUUAGCUAUUGUUCCUAACCCUGAAAUUUUGUACAGAACAAAGUUUAUUCACUGUGUAAUAUAUGUAUGUAAAAUAAUAUUUUCUUACAAAUAUUUUUGAAAGUUAAAAAUAAUUCCAUCAUGAGAAUCUUACAUUUUGAAAGUAAAUUUAUGCAUAUUAUUCUGAUGUCUUCUCAAUGGAUUUAUUUUUGUCAUUAAUGAUCUAAAGAAGUUUCUACGUCCUACAGGAUGGAAACUGUUAUAGAUGUCAGACAUGUUUGCAUCGAAGAGAUACUAAACUGUGUGUGGGUUGUGAAAAUGUUUUCCUUCUAUGUCUGAACAUCAGAACUAACACUCAGACCUCUCUUCUUCUUCUCAGGCAUAUUUCUAAAAACAAGUCAAAAGCUGAGAACUGAGAGGAAAGCCCAUUAAGAUCUAGGUGAAACUAUUUUGUUGUCUCAUGUACUUAUUUAUGUGCAACUCUCCCAAGUGCAGUUUGGUACAAUCCACACAGAGAUAUUGUGACUCAAGCUUCAGAUGUAGUUGCAGAGCUCCAUGAAGAAGCUCACCCAAAUAGUGAGACAUACUAAAGUAUUCCUUAACAUCUACAUUUCACUGUUUCUUGAGCUUCCUGAUACUUAUGCUGUGAAAUUCAGAACAUUUCAUGUAGUCUCUUUGCACCUAGAAUAAAUAUGUAUUUUUUGCAUUAAAACAUGUAGCUAGAGAAUGGGUAUAACUGAAAUAUGGAAGUGUGACCUGCAGAGGAUUUUUUUAGAUAUAGACCCUCUCCUGGUACUUCAUAAUACGUGAAGAAUGACUAAAAGUUUUGCGUUAAAGCUUUUUGCCGUCUCUGUUUGACCUUACUAAGAUCAAUUAGGUCCAGUCUGCUUUUCAUGUGUAUUAGAGGACUGUGUUGGAAAGGGGCUGGGUCACAUGUAUUAUUAUGAUCAGUCAUACCUUUAAAGGAUAUCUAUUGAAUCUUUAACAUAGACAUAUCUUCUCCCAAUAAUUAAUUUAGGCAACAUUACUAAAUAGUUGCAAACUAGGCUUAAGCAGGCCAGGAGUUCACUGCAGGAGAAGUAUUGUAGUUACUCAGCUUUCAGUCUCCUGUGACUAUUUUCCAUUAGCCACAGAAUCUUCCAGGGUAAACUAUACUGGACUUUCUAGUGUUUACAUUUAAAAUAAAAAAACAGGAAGACCCUUUUUGUUCAAGCCUUUCAGGCCUUUGUUUUACAGCAAAGUGAGGAAACAAUGAAUCCCACUUCCAUUUUUCAUUGGCAGGUCCCAUUUUAAAUGCAGGCCUGAGCCUUCUUCUAAGCUGCAUUAAAAUCCUGACUUAGCAAGGGCUGUAAGCAUACACGUAGCUUUUAGCUCAUAGGUAGACUCCCUUGAAAUCAAUCACUGCUUGAUUUCCCCGCUGAAUCAGGGCCUGCUGUUCUCCACUUAGACCCACAGUGGGAUUGGAAGACAUGAUGCUGAUGUAAGCAGGGGGGGAAAAUCCCAUUGAGGGGUAUUUUAAUUUGGGAGGGAAUCAGGAUAAUUCUAAAGAGAAUGAACAAAACUGCAUCCUGAAAUCUAUGGAUGGCACGAGUUAAGCAGAGGGCAGCAGUCUGCCCGGCAACUUAGUUGUAAAGCAGAAUUUUAGCAUCACAGAAUAUCUUCCAUACUCGUCUGUCUGGUCAUGUUAGAGCUUUGUCUUUGCAUUUUGAACACUAAAGUUAAGAUUUCCUUUUUAAAAGCCUUCUGAUCCUACAGACGCUUAAUUGUGUAUGUUAAUUUACUCUCAGUGGUAAUCCCAUUGCCACUGGGCUAACUACUCUACUCUAGAGAGGAUCAUGAUGCAUAUGCUCAGGCCAUGUCUACACUACAGAUAAGAUCAAAAUAGCCGCAGUCGAUCUUCUGGGGUUCGAAUGAGCAGGUCUAGUGAAGACACGCCAAUUCAAAUUGAGAGGGCGCGCCCAUUGAUGCAGAUAUUCUUGCUUCUAUGAGGAGUACAGGAAGUCGGAGGGAGAGCAUGCUCCCUUUGUCUUCCCACAGUGUGGAUGGGACCAGAAUAAGAGUUAAGAUACUUCUACUUAAGCUAUGCAAAUAAGGGAGCUGAAGUUGCAUAUCUUAAUUCGAACUCAACCCUUAGUGUAAACCAGGCGUCAGAGUAGUUGGGCCAGACUGUCCAAGAAGUGUAAAUGUGACUCUAGCUAGGAAAUGCAGAUGAGAUGUAUUUUUUUUUUCCUCAGGCUGACAAUGUUUUUGAUGCAAAUCAUUCCCCCCCCCUCCCAACCCUUGGAAAAGGCCUUUGAAUAAAAGCGCCAACUACAGUAAACUUCCGAUAAUCCGGCACCUUUAGGACCCAGGGGGUGCCGGAUUAUCAGAUAU